AUGAAGAAGGAGCCGGGAGAGGGAAAUAAGGUGUCUCCCUUUCUCGUUUCCGGGCUGGCGGCGGAGCGGCGGAGGUGUGGGUGGCGAUGGCGGAGAGGGGGCUGCCCGGGCUGGAGGCCCAGCGGCGGCAGGUAGAGGGAGAGGGGCCGGGCCAGCCCGGGAGGAAGAGACCUCUGGGAGCGGGAGAGAAGUGGUAUUUGCUGGAAAAUCAUUGGUACAAGCAGUGGAAAGCUUAUGUGGAAUCUGGAGAUCAGAACUCAAAUGCUUUUCCUGGACGGAUCAACAAUGCUGAACUCUUUGAAGAUUUGGAAUCUUACCGGUUGAAGGACAAGCUGGUAGAACACGAAGAGUACAUUCUGGUGCCAGAGGAAGUGUGGGACAAGCUGGUGAGCUGGUACGGCAUUGAACAUGGCCAGCCAGCCAUUGAACGAAAGGUGGUAGAUCUUCCUAGCAUGCAGAAGGUGGAGGUUUACUUGGUUGAUCUGUACCUCUGUCAGCACAAUGAUGUAGACAGCCCUGUGGUCUCUCAAUUUAGCCGGAUGGAUACCAUUGAUACAGUGCUAAAAGAGGCCCGGAAUCAGUUUUCAGUUCCAGCAGAAGAUGAAUCAAGACUCUGGGUGAAAAAUGCUGAUGGCUCCUAUGAGAGGUUACGAAACUUGCAGAUGACUGUGCUGGAUGCCUGCCUAAGUUCAGGGCAGAUUGUGAUAAUGGAGACCAGGAGUAAAGACGGUACUUGGCCCAGUUCCAGACCACAUAUCAUGAAGAAUUCCAUUGACGAGGAAGAGCGGUACCGGGGCCAGCCAGGGAUUUGUGGCCUUACCAACCUGGGGAACACAUGCUUCAUGAACUCUGCUUUGCAAUGUCUCAGCAAUGUGCCCCCUCUGACAGAAUACUUCCUCAAUAACAAUUAUCUGGAUGAAUUAAACUUCAGCAACCCUCUUGGCAUGAAAGGUGAAAUUGCUGAAGCCUAUGCAGAUCUCAUUAAACAGAAGUGGUCUGGCCACCACCGCUCCAUCGUGCCCCGAAUGUUCAAGACCAAAGUGGGCCAUUUUGCCUCUCAGUUCCUUGGCUAUCAGCAGCACGAUUCCCAGGAGCUUCUGUCCUUCCUGCUUGAUGGUUUGCAUGAGGAUCUCAACCGCGUGAAGAAGAAAGAGUACAUUGAAUUAAAGGAUGCAGCAGGGAGACCCGAUGAGGAAGUAGCAGAAGAAGCGUGGCACAACCACAAACGUCGCAACAAUUCCAUCAUUGUUGAUAUCUUCCAUGGACUCUUCAAAUCAACAUUGGUUUGCCCUGAAUGUAACAAAGUUUCAGUGACUUUUGACCCCUUCUGCUACCUCAGUGCCCCUCUGCCAAUUAGCAAAGAUCGAGUGCUGGAGGUUUUCUUUGUAUCCAUGGAUCCCUGUAAGAAACCUGAACAGCAUAGGCUGAUUGUCCCGAAAGCUGGGAAAAUGCGAGACCUCUGUCAUGCUUUAUCAGAGCACACAGAUGUGCCUGCUGAGAGGAUGAUGGUGGCCGAUGUGUUCAGUCACCGCUUCUACAAGAUCUACCAGAGGGAAGAGUCUCUCAGCUGUAUCCAGGAACGGGAUGACAUCUUCAUAUACGAGGUUUCUGUGUCCUGUCUGGAAGACCCAGCCUCAGCAGACGCAGUGGUCCUGCCAAUCUACCUUCGGGAGCGUACCCAGGGCCGGGACUACAGCAACAGCUACUAUGGGGUCGUGCUUUUUGGUCACCCGCUUCUGGUAUCUGUGCCCCGGGAUCAGCUCUCCUCAGAUGCCUUGUACCAGCUCCUGCUGCAUCGGCUCUCCCGCUAUGUGACAUGGCCAGACUCUGAGGACGAACAGAGUGAGGAGGAGGAGGAGGAAGAGGAGGAAGAGGAAGAGGAGGAAGAAGAGGAUCUCUACAAUAAGAGAUCCAAUGGGCUGAGUGAAGGGGAGGAUGAGGAGGAAGACGAGGAAACAACAGCGGAAGGCUUUGCCAAUCAGGACCCUAGCUCAGGGACCCCUUCAGACACUUCAGUGGGGGAGGAAGGGGCUAGUGGGGAGGAGAGGCGGAGCCCCAACACAUCUCCCCCACAGCGUCCCCAGUCUCCCCAUGUGCCAUCUUUCAGUCCCAGUCCUCCUACAGCCAACCAGGCGAAGCGCAAAUGCUGUCUGCCCCAGAAGCGGCCAAAAUUGCUUUUUACACUACAGCCCGUCAGUUCUAAUGGCACCAGUGACUGGCUGGCCGGCCAAGAAGAGAGCAAUCCUGUGUCCUUCAACUCCCAACCAUACGUUGCUCUGGACUGGGAUUCUGAAAUGAAGAAGCGCUACUACAAUGACAUUGAGGCCGAAGGCUAUGACAAACAUGACUGUAUGGGCUACACGCUGAAGAAGGAUCCCAUUAAGCUGCAGGAGUGCAUUGAAUUGUUCACUACCAUGGAAACACUGGAGGAGGAAAAUCCCUGGUAUUGUCCCACCUGCAAAAAACACCAACUUGCCACCAAGAAGCUGGAUUUAUGGUCACUACCGGAGAUUCUGAUUAUUCACCUCAAGCGUUUCUCUUAUACCAAAUUAUCCAGGGAGAAACUUGAUACCCUCGUGGAAUUCCCUAUCCAGGGCCUGGAUUUUUCUGAUUUCAUCAUCAAACCCCAGAAAGAAACUGACGCUUCCCUGUACAAAUAUGACCUCAUUGCUGUGUCCAACCACUAUGGUGGCCUCCGGGAUGGGCAUUACACCACUUUUGCCCGGAACAAGGACACUGGGGCGUGGUAUUAUUUUGAUGAUAGCAACGUGUCUGCGGUUUCAAAUAACCAGAUUGAGUCCAAAGCUGCCUAUGUCCUCUUCUAUCAACGCCAGGACAAAAUCCGCCACCCAACUCCCCUUGCUGCAUCCACGAGUACAUCUGCUUGCGGGAAUGAGGAGGACUAUGCUGCCUGCUGCGAUUCUCACUCUCAAGAGCUAGCAAACCGGGACUUCAUGGAUGUGGACUGACCUUCACCUCGCUUCCCUUCUCCAUUUGCAACAGGCGGAGAACCAUAUACGUUCCCUUCCUUGAACUGAAGGGGGCAGCUGGAUUUCAGGCCUUGGAAUAAGGGCAGGGCAGGGAUGUAGGAGACGAGAUAGAGCCCCUUACCAGCACAAGCAGACCUGCCAUCGUCCUGUGUCCCAAAGUGCAAGGCUCUUUGCCUAGCACAUAGUUCCCCAUUGUGGAGGGGAAGAUUGACUAUCCUUUAAAAGGCUUGUGCCUUACAUCAACAUAA